GCAAUGGCAGACAGACCGAGUGACGUUUGGGUGUUGUCGUGACGUCUGGACACUACCAUGUACAAGGGCACAACGUUAACAUGUAAGAGGUCCUAGCAGCGGUAGGAGGCGCUCCAUCCCCCAAAAUAGUUACUCGCACGUGAAAUUCAACAAGCCUUGUUCCUGAGGUACCGUCAGUGUAUUGGAAUUUUCUAUGAAGGGUACUUCAUGUAUAUUGUUUACAUAAUGCUAUGUGAGAUUCAUACUACGAUCGCUGUGUAAGUAGAAGCGUUUUAUCAAGUGAAAUACUUUGUAAAUGAUAUUCAGUUUUUAUUAUCUGACGAUGUAUUUGACACAUGCGGUCCUUGGAAAGGGGGCGUUUCAAUGAUGCCCGCCAUUAUUGUUUUCGCUUUCAAAUCCAGCGAAAAUGUCCAACUAUUUCGCCAAAAUGGAUAGCUACGGUGGGUCGUGGAAAGUAAGAAUGCUGGACUCAAUGGAAAGAAACUACUGGAAAUGGAAGAAAACUCUAUUCUAAGUCAGCAAUGGGGAAGAAAAUUCAAUGUAUCGGUCGUUAUGUGAUGGACGGUGUUACCUUGGGUAAGGGUAACUUUGCCCGCGUGGAGUUAGCGACACACGGAGUUACUGCAUGCAAGGUGGCUAUUAAGAUAAUAGAUACAAGGAAAAUAAAGGAGGAAUAUGUACGUCAGAACCUACAUCGCGAGGCUCGUAUCCUUGGCCAACUCCGCCAUCCUAACAUUGUUCGACUGUACGAGACACUUAAGGCUACCACGCUGUACUGCAUUGUGUUAGAGUGUGCUUCCGGGGGGAAUUUACUAGCUUAUAUCAAAACGUUUAAGGAUUUUCUUCUUCCGGAGGAACGUGCUCGUCCGUAUCUUCGUCAGUUAGUGUCUGCUGUCCAUUACUUACAUGAGAAAGGCGUGGCUCACAGUCACAGUCGAGCAGUCUUUAGGGGACAUAAUCCCAUAGUCAUGACAAGGCCAUUCCAGAGAGCUUCAGUAUACCAGAGUCACAACAAGGCCAUCCCAGAGGGCUUCAGUAUACCAGAGUCACAACAAGGCCAUCCCAGAGGGCUGCAGUAUACCAGAGUCACAACACCACCAUCCCAGAGGGCUUCAGUAUACCAGAGUCACAACAAGGCCAUCCCAGAGGGCUGCAGUUCCCAUAGUCACAACACCACCAUCCCAGAGGACUGUAGUAUCCCAGAGUCACAACAAGGCGAUCCCAAAGGGCUGCAGUUCCCAUAG